AUGGGCUAUGCAUAUGAAUCGCUGGAGGAUAUCGAUCCAUUUCUCGAAAACCCAUAUGAAGGCAACAGUAUGACACUGUUGCUAGCACGUGAGUUAUCUCAGCGCCUCGAUUGCUAUGUGGUUGCAGGGUUUCCAGAGCGAGCUUCGAGUCACACGUUUCGAGAGCUUGAGCCGACCGAAAAACGCCACGACGCUCGUCAUAUUGAGGAAAAAAAUUUGGAAUCGGCCCAUCUACCCCGCAUAUCGCGCAAAGCAUACAAUGCGGCGCUACUCACAGAUCAGAAGGGAAAACUUGUCAAGGUGUUUCGCAAGCACUUUUUGUACGAAGCUGACACACCAUGGGCGGACGAGGGGCCUGGAUUCGAGUACGUUGAAUUGCCCGGCAUUGGACGCCUUUGUGUCGCUAUCUGCAUGGACUUGAAUCGUGCGUACUAUUUCUAUGAAUAUCGCAACGAUUAA